CUAUCCCCUCUCCAGCGGGUCUACGGCUUCGCGGCAUGCUUGGUUGCUGGACUCGCCCUCAUGAUGCUGUCGCUUCUUGUUUUUGCCAGACCUAUCAAAUUUGCAGUCAUGUUUACAUUUGGAAACAUAAUGGCAGUUGGGAGUCUUCGUGAUGGGGCCAAAUCAACAAUUGAGGAUGAUGCUUGACCCUGUUCGUGUCUAUGCAACAGCUAUUUAUGUUGGAUGUGUUGUUUUUGCUCUAAUUUUUGCUCUUUUGGUUCAUGACAAGUUGCUAACAUUGAUUGCAAUCAUAUGUGAGAUCUGCGCCCUCUUUUGGUACAGCUUGAGCUACAUCCCUUUCGCUCGACGAGUGGUUUCAGACCUGAUGGUGAAGCUCUGCGACACCGAACUAUGAGCUUGCACCGGUCAUUUUUAACAUGCUUUGGUGCCUGAAAUCAGGGAUGCAUCACCACCGCUCCAGCAAAUGCAAGUCUUCCACUCAUUUCCUUUCAUCCUUUGUUGAUGAACAGAUCAAUCUGUGUAUCCUGUAUAAAUGGUGCACGAGGCUCUUUGUUUGUGCAGCUCACAACUCCUGAAAUUCUUGAUUCCAUUGUACUCUUCUUUUAAACCAGAUUCCAUGUAAAUUUGUUGCUGCAAAACUCAGCUGAACGGCACAUUCAUUUUGACACCUUUGCUUCCUCUGCACGACAAAAAUAUCACUCUCUAUUCAGGCGUGCGAAUUCCAACAAAGAUCACCGUCGGUGUAUACUCUGUGUCCACUGGCGUCGUGUGGGGCACAAUGGAGGGACGAGCAGGCCCACGCGUCAGCGAGUCUGUGCUGACAAGUCGAAGAAGUAACAAAACUACCCUUGCAGCACGGCAGCACCCAAUUCAGUCCAGCUCAGCCGUGCUUCAAAUCUUCCAACCAUUUCAAAUUUCGAAACCCGGCGGCCUAUAAAUGCAUCCCUUCCUCCCCGCACGCAGCACACGCCACACCUUCCCUCCCACCGCUGCAUGGGCAAAGCCAUCUCUCUCCUGCGUCCACAGCAACCACAUACAGAGGGGGAGAGCGAGAGGAGGGAGGGGAUGGGGAUGGAGCUGAGGAAGCGCCCGAGGCCGCGGCGCCUCGACCCGGACUUCGUCUCGUCCCCGCCGCCGACGCCGCCGAGGAAGCGCGCGCGGAAGCAGCCCGCGACGAAGAAGCUGCAGCAGGCGGCGGUGAAGGAGCCAGCGACCGCGAGGGAAGGGCCGAGGAGGAUCAGGUGCGCGCGGGCGGGCAUCGGGAGUCCGGUCGCUGGGCUUGAGCCUUCGAGGUGCUGCCAGCAUGCGGCGCCGAGGUCGCGCUCCUCCUUCAUCGUUCGCUCUCGCGUCCCCUUCAACUGGUAUGAGCCGGACAUCUGGACGGAGGUGGCCAAGCAUCUGCACGGCAUCCACCUGGCGUGCCUCGCCCGAACCUGCCGCUGGUUCCGCCGCCUCCUCGCCGACGACUCCAUCUGGCGCUACGCCUUCAUCCGCGACCUCUCGCUGCCCACCGGCGAUCGCAGGCUGCUCAUUCCCCGCCCGCGUCAUCGCUCCUGGCGCCACCUCUACGCCACCGCCUUCGAUAACACCCACGCGUACUGCUUCCGCCAGCGUGAGAAGCACAUCGACUGGAUCCGCAUUGGCGGAUUCAUCAUGGACACGUCGAAGCUGCUGCUGACGGGGACGCUGGCGCUACCGCGGUGGAUGCCGCCGGCGGAUGACGGCCCGCGGAUCUCCAUCGAGAUGACCGGAUCCUGCUUGCUCACCAACGCCCGCCGCGGCAUCUGGAUUGCUGAUAUAAACAUUGUGCGAUGCCCCGUGUGCAACAUCAACAACUGCAAAGGAACGAUGCAAGUUCUGGACGCGCGACACUGUGAGCUGUACCUGGAGGAGAAGUUCAGGGACGGGACCUGGGAGUACGAGGAGCUCGGCCAUUACAUCAUCGAUGGGAAGCUGGAUACUGCCGCCGCUGCCAUCUUCAACUUGAACCACAUCAAUUCUACACAUGUCGCCAAUAUUCUCAAUGCCAAGUCAUGGAUUCGGAGACGCCACGACCUUCUGCCCAAGGGACGCCUCACCCCAGUUGCCGUCGCCCUUAACAGCAACCUCAAGUCCAAAGAUAGAUUGCUGUCGAAGUUCCAGGCGAUGCGGGACAUGUCGAGGGAUGGGGAGAUUGUGUCUGUCAGGAUCACGCAGCAGCUCCUGUGAUUCAUUCGUGCUCACUUGGUUCGUUUCUGGCUGGGUUCCUUCAUGCUGCACUGAGGAAUGUGUUAAUGCUUGGUUUGCUGUGAUACUAGUGCUGGGUGCUGACAGGGUAGUCACAAAGGGGAACACAAGUACAGUAGUGUAGGUCUCUCUUCGUUAUGGUUAGUUGGUUAAUACAGCAGUACUUCCUCCGUCCAACAAAAGAUGUCUCAAUUUUGAUUAAAUUUGAAUGCAUCUAUACACUAAGUCAUGUUUAGAUACAUUCAAAUUUUGACAAACUUGGGACAUUUUUUGUUGGACGGAGGGAGUACUAGUUAUCUAGACUUUAGAAAAUGGAAAUAGGAAAAUGCACAGCUGGAGCAGGUUCUUUGUCGUUGUUUUAUUGAACAAUGUUUUAAUGUAGUAUCGUGCACUUCGUCGAAGAGUUGCAUAACCUUUUGAGCAUAUAUAGUAUUGUGUGGAUUGUGCGAGCUGAACACUGUAUGUACUGGGCUUUGCUCUGGUUGCUUGGUU